UUCGGGGACACGGCCAUGGCGACGGAAGGAGGAGGAGGAGGAAGAGUGAGGCGGAGGAGGAAAGCGGGGUUCCCUGGAUUCUGCUGGAAAACCUGCUACUUUCCCAUUUUGUUCUGGGUCGUUUCGGUGUGCGGGGACGAAAAGACGUUCAUAGUGGAGACAUGGUUGAAGAACUAUGGCUACCUGCUGCCUCAUAAUAUCCGGGCGUCAGACCUGCAGCAGGAAAAGGACAUGCAGUUUGCCGUGGCGGCCAUGCAACGCUUCUAUGGCAUCCCUGUGACAGGAAUCCUGGAUAAGACGACUUUAGAGUGGAUGAGGAAACCCCGUUGUGGUGUCAUAGAUCAUCCUCACACCAGCCGCCGCCAGAGGAAUAAACGCUAUGCCCUGACAGGACAAAAAUGGAAAGAUAAAAAGAUCUCCUACAGCAUAUCAAACUACACCCCUAAAGUGGGAGAGAAGGACACCCAAAGAGCGAUCCGACAAGCCUUCAACGUGUGGCAGGCCGUCACGCCGCUCUCGUUUCAGGAGGUUCCAUACUCAGAGAUUAAAAACGAGGGUAAAGAGGCCGACAUCAUGAUCUUCUUUGCCUCCGGUUUCCACGGUGAUAGCUCCCCGUUUGAUGGCGAGGGUGGUUUCUUGGCACACGCAUACUUCCCUGGCGCUGGCAUCGGGGGAGACACUCACUUUGACUCGGACGAGCCUUGGACGCUCGGCAGCGCCAAUCAUGAUGGUAACGACUUGUUUCUGGUGGCAGUCCAUGAAUUGGGUCACGCACUGGGUUUGGAGCACUCGAACGAUCCCAGUGCCAUCAUGGCUCCUUUCUACCAGUACAUGGACACACACAACUUUAAGCUGCCUCUGGACGACCUGCAAGGCAUACAGAAAAUCUAUGGCAUUCCCACGGCCAUGCUGGAACCCACCCGGCCGUUACCCACAUUACCUUCCCGGCGGACACACUCCACCUCAGAGCGGAAACAUGACCGGCAUUCCCGUCCAGCGCGUCCACCCGGCGACCGACCUGCACUGCCCGGGAACGGCAAACCCAACAUCUGUGACGGAAACUUCAACACUGUGGCCUUUUUCAGACGGGAGAUGUUUGUCUUCAAGGAUCGGUGGUUUUGGCGUUUGAGAAACAACAAGGUGCAAGAAGGUUAUCCUAUGCAGAUUGAUCAGUUCUGGAAAGGACUGCCACCUCGCAUCGAUGCUGCCUAUGAGAGGUCUGACGGAAAGUUUGUCUUCUUCAAAGGUGAUAAGUACUGGGUGUUUAAGGAGGUCACAGCCGAGCCUGGUUACCCUCAGAACUUGGUGCAGCUGGGAAGCUUUCUCCCAAAAGACGGCAUCGACACGGCGCUACGCUGGGAGCCUGUUGGGAAAACCUACUUCUUCAAAGGAGAUAAAUAUUGGCGUUACAACGAGGAGAAACGCACAGCCGACCCAGGAUACCCCAAACCCAUCACUGUGUGGAAGGGAAUCCCUGAGGCUCCACAGGGAGCCUUCAUCAGCAGGGAGGGAUACUACACCUACUUCUACAAGGGAAAGGAUUACUGGAAGUUUGACAACCAGAAGCUCACAGUGGAACCCGGAUACCCCAAGUCCAUUUUGCGCGACUGGAUGGGCUGUGACCAGUCAGACAUGGAGCGCUCUGGCGGUAACCGUGGGGAUCGCCAGCUGCCCCCAGAUGAUGUAGACAUCAUGGUGACCAUCAAUGACGUCCCCACGACAGUUAAUGCCAUUGCCGUGGUGAUACCCUGCAUCCUGUCGCUGUGCAUCCUGGUACUGGUGUACACCAUCUUCCAGUUUAAAAACAAAGGAGUCCAACAGAACACCAUGAUGCAGCACUACUACAAAUACCCGGUGCAAGAGUGGGUAUGACAAGCACCCCAUUUUAAGGUUGGAGCUGUGGUCAUUUGUAGUUGUGCACAUUUGUAAGCUAGCUAAUGUUGGCAAAUGGUCAACAAUGUUAGAUAAAGACAAAGCUGAACUAUGGAAACUGUGCCAGCUAGUGAGGGCACACACUAAAAAAGUUCUUUGAGAGUAGAUUUAGACUUUGGCUAAAAGUGUUUGUGUCAUGACACACUUCAAUGUUUCAGGACCUUUAAAGGAAAACAUGACUGACAGAAAGCUCUGAGGCCUAAAAACAGAUUGGUCCACUUCUUCGCAGCAGACUUAAAUGUAAAUGAUGGAUAUGAACUACAUCUGGGACCUACAAUACACCAUCACCUUCUCAGUGAAAAUCAAAAAAGAGAAAAGAAAAAGGAUUUGGGCUAAAGGAAUAUGCUCCUUUAAGCCAGACACCUCCAAGCUUGUUCUGAU